CAGUAGUUAUAGGUGAAAAGAUGGCGCCCGAAUGAAGGACGCUUAAUUAAGUGUAGUCAAAAUAUCGUCAAAUUUGUGUUGUUAAUAAUAUCACAUAUUCCUUAGGAAAUGAGUAAUCUUUCACCAUUUGGAGGUGGUAAAAACCCACCGUGGGUUCGUAAUGCAGGACAAGGAAUUCAAAACAUUCAACAACAAAUGUUAGGUCAAGCAAUGGGUAGUAUAGGUGGGCAACCUAUGGUUCAGUAUCAACAACAAACUCAACAAGUGUACCAACAAAGUUUAGGACUACAACAGCCCAAUAUAACAAUGGCUUCAAUGGCAACACUUGGAUCUAAUUUGCCAUCGGGUAUAGCUGGUCAAUUAUAUCCACAAGUAGCUACUGUUUCUUAUCCACCACCGAGAGCAUUAAAUACAAAUGCAUUUCAACCAUCUGUAGCUGGUGUUCCACAGCAAGUACAACAAAAUGUACCUUCAUCAUCUACCAAGCAAAGAGUUUUUACUGGCACAGUUACACAAGUAUAUGACAACUUUGGUUUUGUGGAUGAAGAUGUAUUCUUUCAAACAAAUGCGUGUGUUAAAGGAUCUAAUCCUGUUGUGGGUGAUCGAGUAUUGGUAGAAGCAUCAUAUAAUCCAUCCAUGCCAUUUAAAUGGAGUGCCACUAGAAUACAAGUACUUCCUAUGGGAAAUAAUAAUAAUAACACUAAUACACAACAAAAUAAUCAAGCCACUCGUCAACAACAACAAUCACAACCUCAACAGAAUCGAACCUCAGGAACAUAUAAUGCUGUACCUCCACCAGCUGAAAAUGCUAAUAAUAGAUUUACAACUAGUGCAACAAGUGCUAAUACAGCUAGUAACAGAAACAAAGUUGGAAGAGUAAGAGAAAGGUCUCCACGCGAACGGAAAAACGAGGAAGAAGAAAUUGAGAGAAAAAGACGUCGUGAAGAAAGAAUUAGAGAGCGUGAAAAAAAAGAGGAACGUAGUCCGUCGAGGACUAGGAGAAGUAAAUCUCCAAGACCAAGACGACGUACCAGAGUUGUGCCGCGAUACAUGGUACAGAUACCAAAAAUAGCACUUGAUUUACCCGAAGCAGAUGUACUUGAGAUAAGAAGACGUUAUCAAAAUAUGUAUAUUCCUAGCGAUUUUUUUUCUACUAAUUUCCGAUGGGUUGACGCUUUUCCGCCACAUAUGCCAUUUGCCCUUAAUAAACCAUGCUCUUUUCAUGUCAUGCACAAGGAUGUUGAUCCUUAUGUCGAAAAUUCUGCAGUACUAGAACCUUCAGAUGCUGAUUAUCUUUUCUCUGCAAAAGUUAUGUUGAUAUCUAUGCCUGCCAUGGAAGAAAUUUAUAAACGGUGUUGUGGUGUGUCCGAGGAUAGAGAUCCAGAUCGCGAUUAUGUACAUCCUACGCGUUUAAUAAAUUUCUUAGUAGGCUUACGGGGUAAAAACGAAACAAUGGCUAUUGGUGGACCAUGGAGUCCUUCUUUGGAUGGUCCUAAUCCUGAAAAGGACCCAUCGGUAUUGAUUAGAACAGCAGUAAGGACCUGUAAAGCGCUCACGGGGAUAGAUCUAUCCAGUUGCACUCAGUGGUACCGUUUCCUGGAACUCUACUACAGACGUGCAGAAACUACCCACAAGUCGGGGCGAGUGGUGCCCUCUCGCGUUGAAACCGUCAUACUAUUUCUCCCAGAUGUUUGGAGCUGUGUACCCACUAAAUUGGAAUGGGAUGGUCUGCAACUCAGCUAUAAGAAACAACUGGAGCGAAAAUUGCUGCGUGCUGCCUCUAGUCCCGACGAUUUGGAUGCUGCCAAUGAGACUGAUGAGGCUGCCGUCGCUGAUCAAAAGGAUGAUCCAGUACCAGAGAAGAAGGAUCCUACUCAUUACUCUGAAUUGGAUCCAAAGUCUAUGAACGUGAAUGAACUAAGGCAAGAAUUAGCAGCCCGUAAUUUAAAUUGCAAAGGUUUGAAAUCGCAAUUACUUGCAAGACUUAUGAAAACAAUAACGUCAGAACAAGCGAAAGAAGAGGGACGGCAAGAUGAUAUAGACGAAAACGAGAAAGAUAUCUCACCUCCACCAAAAGAAGAGGAGGAUAAAAAAUUUAAGGAUAUUAAGGAUCAUGAUGAAGAUAGGAGAAAACUUUGUGAACGUGAACGUGCUGCUCUUGAAAAACGAUAUACUUUACCCGAAUCAUCUCAUAUUAUUGUCCAUCCAUCCAGAAUGGCUAAAAGUGGAAAAUUUGACUGUACUGUCAUGUCUUUGAGCGUUCUUUUAGAUUAUAGACCAGAAGAUACAAAGGAGCAUUCCUUUGAGGUAUCACUUUUCGCGGAACUUUUUAACGAGAUGUUAAUGCGCGAUUUUGGUUUCCGAAUUUAUCGAGCAUUAUGUAGUCUGCCUGAAAAACCAAAAGAAAAAGACGAAGAUAAGAAGAAGGAUAAAAAAGAUGAUAAAAGAGACGAAAAAAAGGAUGAUAAAAGAAAAGACGAUGACAAGAGAUGUAAUAGGAAAGACGAGAGAAAGGAUGACAAACGAAGAGAAGGGAGCAAAGAUAAAAAAGAUGAAAAAGAUGCAAAAAGUAAAACAGAUGACAGGGAUCGGGAAAAAGAAAAAAAUGAUGACGAUGAUGAUGAUGAGGAAGAUGAGUCUGAUGAUGAUGAUUCGAUUAAGGAUGGUAGAAGAGAUAGGGAAAAGGAUGGAAGGAAAAGGAAGAUAAAAUUGUAUACACAUGAUCCUUAUCUCUUACUAUCUUUCGUUUAUUUCGAUCAAACUCAUUGUGGUUAUAUAUUUGACAAAGAUAUAGAAGAACUUAUUUAUACUUUAGGACUGAAUUUAUCAAGAGCUCAAGUUCGUAAGUUAGUACAAAAGGUUGUAACAAGGGAUUCUUUGCAUUAUCGUAAAUUAACAGACAGGUCGAGGGAAGAUGACAUAAAGGAGGAAAAGAAAGAUGAAAAGGAAGCUGAUAAAACAGAUUCUACUAAGAUAGACAGCGAUGAAGAAAUAUUACGUUCAUUAGCACUUGGAAAUAAAAAAUUGUUACCUGUGUUCGUUGGAAGUGGACCACCAUCAAAAAGAGCACGUAGGGAAGAUGCGCUUACGGAACAGUCUGAAGAAUCAAUUGUAUCAGAAGGUUUUGUUAUGUAUAAAGGUUCUUUGUUAGAUGUAGAAAAACUUGUUAGCCAGUUACAAAGGUCAGAAAAAGCUCGGUUGGAUACGGAAGAACGUUUAAUGGAACUACAGCAUGAGUUGUGCGUAGUAAAUGAAAAAUCAACAAAACAGGCAAACAAUAUCAAAGCCCUUUCUGAAGAUUUAAAAAUAUACAAAGACAAAUUAAGAAAUACGGAUGAAAAGCUUAGAAAAGUAUCGUCUGAAUGUCAUACAUACCUUACAGCAGUAAAAAAUAUGUAUCAUAUAGCAGCAAAAAUGAUGCAGUCUGAUACGAAAAAAGUGGAAGUUGUAGAAAUUCAAGAUGAAAAAAUUAGCGAGGUUAAUGGAUCGGAGGUUGAAACUAAAUUUAAAACGGACACAAGAUGGGGUGAUAACAAAGUUCCAAUAAAAAAGGAAUUCGCGGAAACGGAUAAAGACAAGAAAUGUGACAAUAAAGUCUCAAUUAAAAAAGAAAUAACAGAUUCUGACAAAGAAAAGAAAUAAAACAAGAUUACGUUCUUUAUUUAUCAUAAAAGAUGUGAACGCACUUUUGUCAAAUUCUAACUGUAUUAGUAACAAGAAAAUUAAAAAUGUGUUUAGUGAUAAACACAUCAUAAACACAAACACGUGAAUGGGGCAAAUUUACCCAUAUGAAAGUAAAACUGACUUUAAAGACUCUGUUUUAUAACUUUUUUCACUCAGUGACAAUAUGUAGUAAACCUGUUUCUGUGGAUAUUACGUUAGAAGUAAGGAAGAUCACGCGUUCAAGUAAUAUAAUAAUGAGUGAUAUGAAAUAAUACAAAUAUUAGAACGAAUGAUUAAACUGCAAUUUUUCAUAUAAAUUUGUUGAAUUUUAUGCAAACAGAUAAAGUUCUUAGCCUUUGAAAUACUAAUGUAACUUUUAUUUGCCAUAAAGUGCCAGGUACUGAUAGACAGCUCUAUAUUGUGAUUUCAGAAUAAGUUUACAUUGAAAAUUAUUGUUGUAUAAUAAUUAAUAUACCUCCAAAUUACCAUAUUUGUAAUGGUACCAUAUUUCUGGGUAAAUCUACAUAAUUGUCGACCAAUUUCUUAAAACUUAGUAGCCCUUUUCCUCUUUAUUUUGUUUCAUGAUAAACUGUGAUUUAUUCAGAAAAGAUUUAUUAUAAUGCAAUUUUUUUUUUUUUUUGGUAAAUUAUGUUUAAUAUAAUUGUUAGCGUUGUUGUGUGGAUAAUUUAAUGAUAUUUGUAUAGAUAAAUAUAAUUUUGUUUGACAAUAGCAAUGUAUUUGUAUUAUGUUAUAAGUGUAUUUAUUGCUUUGUACACAGGAGAUAGUAUGAUAAAAUAAAACUUUUACGCAAUAUGUAUAACACCAACUGUAAGGUACACACUAAUGAUUAAUUUAUGGGAUAUCGUUAGCAUUAUUUUUCUCAAAUUGCUUAUGAAGUGAAAAACUUUGUCUUUUCUAUACUGUAAUUACUGUAAAUACUUUCACAAAGAUGGUACCUAAGAGUAAUUUGAACACCAAAGUAUCUGUAGAAAAUGUAGUAUUCAGUGGUCAUACCAUUAUAAAUAUAUAUAAACUACGAUAAUUUAUUUAAAAAAGUAGUUGUAAAAAAAUUGCAUUACAAUUUUUUUUAUAUGUAUCUACGGUUUUUAUUAAUAUUAUUUAUUUUAACAUAAAUUUUACCAAAAUUUUCAUGUUAAUUAUGACCUAAUAUGGUAGAAAGAUGAGUGCUCAUGAUGUCCCCCAUUUUGAACACACAUUGCUCAUUAUAUGAAUAUGAUCUGAAUGCAUAAAAAAUAGGACACAAUAAUUUUCGAACACUAGUUGUCUUGUGUUCUGUUAACAAAUAGCCAAGGACAUUAUUUUGUAUAAAAUAAUCUACCGUAAAGGCAUUCUCUUUUAUAGUUUAUUAUUAGAAAAUUACAUCCAUGUCAAGAAAUCAUUAAUGUGUUAAAGGUAAAUUUAUAGGUACGGAGCGGUAAACAAGGUGUUUAUGAAGUUAUAAACAUUGUAAAAUUCCUUGGCAAGUGAUACUUUGAAAUAUAACGAGAUACACGAACAAAAUAAAUUUUAAACACUC